UCGCGAGGGGUGGAGUAACGUCGUCUAGGCUCUCUCUCGCUCUGGCAUCGUGACAACAGUGCCAGACGCUUGGCACUAGGUUUACUUGUUGAGCCGCCUUUCCUCACCUGAGUGAGGGUUUACGUACUUAUUUAAUCCCGCGGUUGGCUAGUGUUUGGUGCUUUGUUUUAUAAUAAAAUACAUACUGUAUGUAUGGUAGCAGUAGUGAGAUAAACUAGUCACCUCAAGUGCCGGUAAUGUAUGUGUCUUAUGGGUGUAUUCUGACAACUAAGAUCAUUUAUGCUAACCCGGGUGGAAAAUGUACAAACUCCCCCAUUAAAUUUAAUCGAUCAAUAAUAGAAUUAACAGAUAAUUUCUUCUUGGGGUAAUAUAAUAUACAAGGUGUUGUCUUAUAGACGCUGUCACAACCAUCAAAAUUAUUACACAGUAUGUGACAUACAUUUGAAAACGAAAUGUUAAUGAAGUGAAAUUUGAAUCAGAAACAUGAACAAUAUUUGUACAAGUUUUUUCUAUGAACAAUGGUUGUACAAGUUACUCCCGUGAACAAUAGUUGUACAAGUUACUUCGUGAACAAUACUUGUGUAAGCUUCUCCUGUGAAUUUAGAAUUCUCAGAAAUCUGUGCCAUAUUAUCAGUGUGAUCAGCAGUGGAGAUAAAUUACAUUUUCGCAAGACUGUGAGUAGCCUCAAGCCGUGAUGAUGUCGUUACAAUAUGGACGACGAUACUUCGAAAUUGAGCGACUGUGGAAGGGACUAUACACCCGCCACCUGAAGACUGUGGUGGUGGGCCUAGUGCUGGCCACCCUACUGACACUCGUCCUCUACACAACGCCCACCACCACCUCCUUCAUCCUCUCUGCCACCACCAACAGCCUCAGCGCAAGCGUAUUAAUGGACGAGGGUGGGCCGCGUUGCUUGCCACACCGACACGUCAUGUUCCUCAAAACUCACAAGUGUGCCUCCACCACCGUCCAGAACAUCUUCCUGCGGUAUGGAUACACUCAUAAUCUUACCUUCGCGCUGCCAUCUGUGGGCAACUACUUAGGCAAUCCUAGACUCUUCAAGGCUGACAUGAUACCAAACAAGCUGUUGCCACUUCACGGGGUAGUAGAUUUGUUUGCUGUCCAUUCCCGCCUCAACCCGCCUGAGCACAAACGUAUCCUAUACAACGAUACACGUUGGAUUACCAUUGUGCGGGAACCAGCUACACUCUAUGAGAGCCUCUUCAACUUCUUCCAUAUGAAAAAUGGUUAUGGAUUUGACCUGUCACAGUUCAGUACACGACCUAUGUUGGAGUUGGAAUCCCUCCCUAGAUAUGGAGGAAAAUUGGGGAAAAAUCAAAUGCUGUUUGACUUGGGCUACUCCGAUAAUAUGUCUGUAACUGAACUGAGGAGCGCCAUUGAACAGCUGGAUAAACGUUUUGAUUUGGUGAUGAUAUCUGAAUAUAUGGAUGAGUCACUUGUACUCCUGCGGCACCUCUUAUGCUGGAGUCUUCACGAUGUGGUUGUUUUUGCAAAAAAUGCACGUCGUCAGGAAGUGAAACCCACACUGGAGCCUCGAACACUACAAGCACUUCGGGAACUGAACAGUGCAGAUGUGUUGCUUUACAAUCAUUUCGUAGCUAAACACCGCCGUUCUGUUUAUGAGUUUGGAGUUCAGAGAAUGGCAAAUGAGGUAUCAGCACUGCGUAGCCUCCGUGACGAAUACUAUGAAGUCUGUGGAGCACGUGAAGUAAAGGGUCGAGACUCUUCUCUGAAGUUCAAAGAGUACUCAGGGUUGGUCAGUGGUUAUGUUACAGCCAAUAAUUCGGACCAAAACUGCCUGAUGCUUUCCAUGCCUGAACUUCCACUAGUAGACACUAUUAGACGACGUCAAAAAGUAUUGCUUAAUGUGGAUGGGUUGUCCUAGUAGCAGGUCAGAUUUAUAUGUCAGUUCAUUCCAUUGUUAUAAUCAUAAAACAAGUAAAUCUAAGACAUGACAUUAAUGACUGAUUUAUUAGAAGGUCAAAAUGCAAAAGAUCUUCCUCUAUUUCUUCCUGCACGUGGCUUCCAUUUCUGCAUAUCACAAGAAAUCUAUUUUUGUAUUGAUCUUAAGAUAAUGUUUAAGAUAUAAUUGUGUCUGCUGUCCUAUGUGUCAGCAAAUAGCACCCAAGUGCCUCCUAUUUGUUGUGUACACAAGGCUCUCAGAGUGUCAUAAUUUAUGUAGUUUAUCCACAAGAGAAGUGAAAUGAGUUCAGUAGUACAGUAUUGAUACUUUUAUACGCCAAAUUUUUUUUGAAAAGUAAACAUUUUGCUCUUUUCUGUUCAUAUUCUUACAGAGUGUUGUUAUUGGGUUUAUGUAGAACUGUUAUGGUAAAGAUUUGCUAAUAAUCAGUACGUUCACACUACUACCACCCAUUCUCCCUCACACACACACAUCCCUCUCAGUGUUCUCUUACCUUAUAGUCCUGUUAUUCCAAACUCUCUUCCUCUGUUUCUCACCUUGUUUGUGCUUCUUUCAUUUCCUUUCAUCCCUCUUUCUCAUUGUUAUCUACUCUCUUUUUCACCCAUGUGUCCGUACCUAUAUAGCACUUAAGAAUUUACAACUCCACAUAAAGGAGAAAUGUAAUUAAUAGUAUAUAAUAUAAACUAUUGAUUACAUUUCUCCUUUACUAACACCUCCAGUCAUCAGAUGAAGGAUUAUCACACCCACAAAAUUUAUGAAAAACUUUGCAACAGUAAGGAAAGACUGACUGACUCAGGGAUCUGUCAACCAGUAUUAUUUCACUUGUUACUUCUUUAUGUCCUAAGAGAUCUGUACCUCUAAAUAACACCCAGGAAGAAUGCACUUAUUUUUCACACAGACAAAAUUAGAUAAUGAUUUUUCUCACCCAGUCAAACCAGGGUUGAAGACUCACUCCCAUUUGAUCCUGUGGAUGUUUCACUUAAGGGGAUCACCCUGCUGCGAAUGAUCCAAAAAUUAUGAAAAAUCGGAUCAACAGACUAGAAUGUACCCCGGGUCAGUACUGAAUCUGAGUGGGGCGCUCAAUCCCUUGACUUAUAGGUCAGGCGGUUACGCGCUCCACUUGAGGUACAUUGCCAGCCUGGGAUCUUUUUCAGACAAUAACUUGGAAAUAAACGAUUGGAAUUUGGUAUCCCAUUUUAUGACUUGGGGAGGGACAAGUAGCCUAAUCCCCCUCCCCCCUCCCGCCUCCCCUCUUGGGUGUAAUUAGAAAUUGGCAGGAACCGAAAGGGCAAGAGUGUCAAUAAUCCUUUUAAGCAAAUGAAGUUUAAAUUGCAUAAAUACACAUACAGUAAGCGUUUCAUUUGCUGACCUGAAGCUUCAUUAGUCUUUGAGACAACCACCAGAUCAAAUGUGAUAAUUUUUGUACUUUGGCUUAACUGAGUGAAAAAUGCUGUUUAUAAAUAAAUACCUGUGCAUAUUGCCAGACAAGGUCAUUCGGUAAUGGUCACCUGCCAAGUGUUAAUUCAACAUUAUGGAUUUCACAUGUCACUCUUUUAUUCUGUUUGGCCAUAACACGAGAUUUCAUAAUUCAGUCAUUAUAUUUUUAUCAACUUUGUCUCUCUGUCUUGAUCAUGUCUCUCCAUAGUUUGUUCAGUACUAUGGUGUAUUAAAGCAUGGGUUGUGACUUCCUUAACCCCUUCACUUCGGGACGCCACUUUUAAUAUUUUGUUUGGCUAACACCAGAUGAUUUUUAUUCGGCACAAGUGGUUAAUAAAUAUAAAAAAAUGUGAUCAUAGAUCUUUAAGCCUGGCGUCCCUCAGAGAAUGGAAGGUGGAAUAAAGGAUAUUAACCUUCAAGCGGCGAUCAUUUUAGAAUAUACAUUAGUGGAAUAUUGAGACCAUUGAUACAAACAGUAUUUUUCAUUCGUACAAGAGGGCGGCCAGAAACUGGAACAAAAAUAAACUUUCCCUUCAUACUAUGUCAUACAUGUUUUCUUACUAUUGUAACAGGUGUGUUCUGGUAGAACAAUGACCAUGUUGUGGUUUAUCCCUUUUGCUUCACACAACCCAGAACCACCAGAACAUCCUUCUCCAGACACUACGUGAUGUCGUGUCCUCUGCUUACCAGUUUUUCAUUUCGCUUUUGUUUUCCCCUCUCCUUCCUAUUGUCCACCUCUGAAUAUUCACCCCCAUUCUCUCUACAUCUCAGUCACGACCUAGAGCCAACUUGUGUGUGACCCUCACUCCCAGAGUUGGUGAACUUUGGUUAUUUCUCUGGUCAUUGCUUUCACGCGUGUCACUUCUGUUACUUCUAGCUUGUACUCCAUCCUUCAUACCAGUACAGUGCAGUAAUGUUGGCUCGAUAGUUUCUUUGUACAUUCCCAUCUUUGCCUCCUUUGAUUUAAUUCUUGCAAUUCAUUCAUUUCCCAAGGCACCUAUUAUUCUUACCUUCUUCUAAUCUGUCAUUCACUUCAUCACUUAUUUAUCCACUUGCUGACACAUCAGUCACAAAAACUCCUACUUUUUUCAUUAUAUCUUCAUUCUCUUUAUCUGUUUCUCUACCUAUUUCCAUCACUUUUGUCUAUGUUCACAGUAAAAAUAGAGUACAUAAUAUUACAAACUCAUUCAGUAACAUAUGUAACUUUCCUUUUGAAUCUCCCACAUUAGCUACCGACAUACCUCACAUCUGGUUACUAUAUCUAUAUUUACCAAACGUGUACCACUCUCAUGCUUUCACCCCGUCUUAACAGAAUACACCCAUGAUGUAGUCUUACUGUCAUUGAAAACCAGUCUUCCUUUCCUGACACAGUUAAUGCAUACACCAAUGUCCGUCUAAAAACUGUAGUAGACAUUUAGCCGUUUCCCACUUAUUCCAUGCAUGUUCAAUACCUCCCAUAACACAUUUUUAUUAAACCGUUUAUGUACUUUUUUUCAGAUCCAUAAACGCCACAAACAAAUUCUUUCCCUUCUCCAUAAACUUUUUUAUCAAGUCCUAAGUUUCUUCAUGCCAAAACUUGAUCAAAACAUUCACUACUUCUGCUCCAACACUGUCACACUCUGGUAAGUAAUAAUAAUAAAAAAACUUAGGACCAAGACUGGGGUAAAUAUAAAUAAAAGUAAAAUUUAUACAUUAACUAUAUUAAAGUUAAACAAGUAAAUAAUCAUUAAACUUAAAAGGUCUUCUGCCGAUAUCCUCCUUCAGUCUGCCACACACUUCUCAGCCGGAGUAUCUCACUUCUCCGGGAAUAAUACUACUUGCCUGACUCACCGUAAUUGUCUUGCCUUGGCCAACCCACACUUUGGUCUUCGGGAUUCCUCCUGAAUCGUCUUCCAAAUAAGUCCCUCUGUAGACCGAGACGUCAGAUAAUAAAUACACUUGUAGGCUCGUCCUUGCAGUUGUUUCCUUUGCAACAACUCUCCAUGAAGUUCCAAGCAGGUCUUUGAAGGUAGUGUGCAGAUGAACAAGUACCAGGCAGGGAGGGUGAAGACAGCGGACAAAACUGAACACCGGGUCCUGGCCUUCCUCACGGAACCUCAAGGCGGGUGGAGCAAAUUAAUCAUUACCCAAUGACAAGGAGUAUUAUGGUGGAGUAUUGUGUGACUAUGUGAACAGUAGUUAACCAUCGUAAUGGCAGUGGGGAUAGUUUUCAACAUUUAAUUAGUUACUCGCACCUAUUACUAAACUUUGAUUAUAUAAUUUACCAUUAAUAAAGUAUUAUAUAAACUGGAACUUCAUAUUAAAUGAUAACCAAAGGUAUU